AAAUGGUAGACUUGUUUCUAUCAAUGAUUAUGAUAAGUCAUGUUUUAUUUGAUAGGCGCUGAUGACGCAACAGCCUGCCUAAUUGUAAUUCAACGCCAUUUUCCCAACAUUGGGAGCUUGUGGGGAGCAGCCAGUCCAUGCCUGCUGCAUCUUUGUCUCUUUCCGCUGGAUUCUACCGUUAGAUCAAUAAAAACAACAAAGCCGCGUGAUAAAGCAUGGAAGGUGAUCCAGUCCGCGACAAAAAGCUUCUGUUGGUUUUGUUGAGGAAGCUGAAGGAGGUCUUCGAGGCGUGUGACGAGGAUGCGGAUGGAUUCAUCCAGGUGAAGCAUCUGCUUCACAUCGCCCAGCAGCUCGGCCAAGGAGACGAGGUACGGACGUUUAUCAGCUUCCUGAAUCCUCACACUCACGGGAAGCUCAGUUUCAAAGACUUCUGCCGUGGGGUGUUUGCUAUCAAAGGUUAUGAGGAGAUACUGAAGAUGGUUUUGAGUCCUGUCAGUCUUACUUCUAACCAAGCGGUUCCCGCAAACACUUCUUCCCAUUGCCAGCCUUUCCCAGAGAGCAGUGCACACGCUAAGGAGCGUGAAAAGGAAAGCUGCAACGUGUCAGCCAUCAUGGACUCAGCAUGGCAAAACCAGGAGGAGCAGUUUGAGGACUACGGGGAAGGGGAGGAUGUGGAAUACUCUCCAAGCAGCCCAAGACAGGACGAUGGCACCCAAGCUAACGGCAUCUCAGAUUUGGGAUCCUCCCUUCCACCCAGGACUUCAAGGAAAACAGGAAGUGAUCAAAUGAAGAGUAUGUUGGGAUGCAGAGCGUGCUGGUGCAUACAUGUAGGACACACACCUCAGAAGACGCGGCAGCUGUACACGAGGGAGCUGCUGGAUAUUUACUGCUCUCAGUGCUGCAAGAAAGUCAAUCUGCUCAAUGACUUGGAUGCUCACCUUCAAAACGUCAAGGCCAACAGCCCCAACAGAAAGAUAUCCAGCACAGCAUUUGGACGCCAGCUGUUCCAGGCCAACCACAGCGUGUUCCACUGCAGUCAGGGAAGCAGCACGGAAGAUUUGCUGACGGACAGCGUUGACUCCUGUGAUGUCAACAUUACAGAGAAGGUGAGUUAUCUGGAGAAGAAGGUGACGGAGCUGGAGAACGACAGUCUGGCCAAUGGCUACCUCAAGUCUAAACUCAAACAAGAGAAUACCAAGCUGGUCCACAGGGUGCAUGAGCUGGAGGAGCAGAUGAAGGACGUGGAGGCGAGGGCGGAUCAGAGUCUGGAGGAGGAGACGAGGAGGCACUGCGACGUUUACUGCAAGAUGGAGGGGGAAAGAAACACAGAGAUAGACUUCCUGUGCAGCAGGAUCCAGCAGCUGCUGGAAGAGAACGGUGAAAUGAAAACAAACGUGUGCAGGCUCAAGUCUCAGACGGAGAAACUGGACCAGGAGAAGCAGAAGGAGACGGACAAGCUGGAGGACACGAGCCUGAGACUCAAAGACGAGGUGGACACGUACAGGAAGAUCAUGGAUAAACUUUGGCAAAACCGCCGUGAGUUUCACAAGGAGAAGGAGUCCAUGCUGGAGCUCGUCGAUGAUCUACGCAAAGAACUGGACUAUCUGCAGCUUUUCCAGAUGGAAAUGGAGAAUCCUGGGAAGGGGAGGGAGCUUUGUGAAUACAACGGAAAGCCCCGGGAGGUGGAAAUGGAACACGAUGUCAACAAAUUGAAACAGGAGAACCAUAAACUCCGAAAUCAGAACGAUGACUUGAACGCUCAGAUUCUGAGUCUGAGUUUGUACGAGAGCAAGAGCUUGUUUUCCUGCCACUCGAAGGUCCAGUGUCUGGCGGCAGAGAUUGACAACGCGUCCAAGGAUGAGCUGGUGGAUGCUUUGAAAGCGCAGGAGGAGAUCAACCUGCGUCUGAGGAAAUACAUGGACAAAAUCAUUUUGGCCAUUCUUGACCAUAACCCCUCCAUCCUGGAGAUCAAGUGCUGAACCAACGGCAGAUGCACAAACACCUGACUGUACGUGACGGCUUACCCGACAUGUCACCAAUCAUCACCAUGUGGUAUUUGCUCUACAUGCGAUUACAAGAAACCUGUUGUUGAAGCAGGAUCAUCACGCACUCAUCAGCGUAUCACCGUAUUAGCCAAGUGUCCUUUUCAUCACCUAACACACAUGAAGACCAUUUCUAAUCCUGUUUUGGCGUCCAAACUUAGAUGUUUUCAAGUCCAUUUGAUAUACUGUAUCACCAUGAGCGGCUCCACCAAACACAUUUUUAAUGUCUGUGUGCGUGUGGGGGGUGGGGGGUGCAUCUCAGCAUGGUCACAAAGGUGCAAAACAUGUUAUCAACUUCACUCUUUGCUCUUUUUCUCACAUCUUUGCUGCUGUUUAACGUAGCCAAUAUUUCAACUUUCUUCUUAAACAAUCUUUGGACAUUUUCUUCUUGGAAUAUUAUGACUUUAUUCCCAUUGUAACUUAUUCCCCACACUAAUUUGCCAAAAUGAUACAUAUCUCUUAACUUAAAAAAAUAAGUUUUUUUCUUUAAUAUUUCAACUCUGCUGCUAAAAUGAAAGUUUAUUCUUUUUUUUCUUGGUGUACAACUUUUUUCCUCAUAUUUGGACUUUAUUCUUUUAAAUUACAGGGGUUUUUUGCAUUUCUGCUGUUAUUUUUUUUCUCCCCCAACCUAUUUGUUUUCUUCUUGUAAAUUUUCUUCUCAUAGUUGUGACUUUAUUCCUGUAGUAUUUUCACUUAAUUCUCCUCAAAUUCAACCUUUUUUACGCAACCUAAAAUGAACAAAAUUUCCAAAAAUGACAACUAUAUUUAUGUUUCUCAUUUAAUUAGGACUUUAAUUAGGACUAAGUCUUUCUUUAAUAAUUCAACUUUAUGAUAUUAAAAUGAUGCGCUUUUUCUCAUGACUCUCGUUACAACUUUUUUCUUCUUCAUAUUAUAUAUUUAGAAUGCGCUGCGGGCCGCACUCACUUUGGACGCCCCUGGCUUAACCCAUGAGAAUGUAGAAUGAUGGUGGAUAGAUCACAAACCAAGUUGAACACACAAAACAUUUGUGAUGUUUUUAUUUUGAAAAUUACUGUGAAAGCUAUGUGAUGUUACAAACUCUACUCUCUGUUGCAUUUUUCAUGCUGAAUGGAUUUACUUGGGUAGCACAAAUGUACCCUUUUGCAUUCACUGAAUAAAAAUGGUAAGAGUGGUUGAAUUGUAACGUUUCACAGCCUA